AUGCCUAUCACGGAACCCGUCUUGCCUGAAUCUCAUCCGUAAGUCACGCACAGCCCGGGAUCGCCUGAGAAGGACAAUGACAUAGACCUUCGCGAAAGUGUCGAUGAGACUUAUGCAGCGAUAGUGCGCGUAAUUUAUCUUAUCUCUCAUGAUGAGAGGUACAAGGAUGUCUGAGCCUCAGUCGUCACUAACGUUCUCAAUCACCUCAUGUAACCAGGGCGCCAAUGUUGACAAAAGGCUUGUAGAUUUCCGCAGGAAUACCGUCCUCUCCGGGCGCCCUGUUUGUGCGCAGUCUCUGUAUUUUAUUAGUAAUUUCUCUCUCAAAGGGAGGGGACCGCGUGAGGGAGAGAUAAAACUCCCCUGCAGGGGAGAAGAUGCGAUGGGUCGUUCAUCGAAGUCAAGAUGCACGAAGUGCUAACGUCAACGCUCGAUCUCGGCUGAAUCGUCAACACUAAGGCCGCCGUUUGCAUCGCAGUCAAUCGGCGCAGACGGCUUUCCACUAACCUGGUGGAUAGUUUUAGAGUGCCACCAACGUUUGAGGUCUGCCCCAUGGAUGUCGUUGUUUCAGUCCAAUGUUUCUGCCGGUCAUCUCUAGUCGACUUAAUCAUCAUUUUCUGGGAGGGGUUAAUCGUUGCGGGACCUGACUCGAGUCGUAUGGACAGACAACCACAAAGUUCCUCCGGUGAUCCAGUCACCGCGCAUCUUUAGGUGGAAUUUUCUCAGGUGCCCCAUUGACGACUUCAUUGAUGACCGCUCCAGUAUGAAGACUAACCUGGCCGCUGCUUUUUGGUGUGGCAAAAUCUGCUUUCCUUUUGUAGGGUUGGUAACUGUUGUUACUCAACGUAAAUCUAGUUUCAGACAAAGUGUCAUUGUAGUCCUCUUCUGUUUACCAUUUUAGCAUCUACACUGUGCACGAUGAAAUCAAAGACAAGUCCUUUGAACUUAACCUAAGCUGGAUCGGAGCUCGUAAGUUCCUCGUUUAGGUUAUGUGUUCAUAUUCUAGCUACCAAUGCACAACAUGAACUUGUUCCACAAGACGUGUUCACUCAGGCCGAAGAGUAUGCAAAGAAAGCCCUGGAAGAAGCCGACGACCUCGAUGAAGAAAUGGAAUAA